UCUGAGAAACACGGGUGUGUGUCGCGACAACAGUACCGCGAGUACAAAGGAGCUCGGCUGACCAACCUGGGCUCGGGGAACUAUUCCGCUCGUGUUCGCGCCACUUCUCUCGCAGGAAACGGCUCCUGGACGGACAGCGUGUUCUUCUAUGUGCCACCACCUAAACGAGAUGAUGGCGUCACGUUCUACCUGGUCAUCAUAAUUCCCAUCAUAGUGACACUUUUCAUCGCCAGCCUCACCACCAUUCUCUUCUUUGUUAACAAGAAAAGGAAUAGCGACAGACUGGGGAAUGGAGUCCUUUAUGCGUCUGUCAAUCCGGAGUACAUCAGUGCUGCUGAGAUGUACGUCCCAGAUGAGUGGGAGGUGGCCAGGGAGAAGAUCACUAUGCACAGGGAACUGGGCCAGGGCUCCUUUGGCAUGGUGUACGAAGGCAUCGCAAAAGGAGUGGUCAAGGACGAACCUGAGACACGGGUGGCCAUCAAGACAGUCAAUGAGUCGGCCAGCAUGAGGGAGCGGAUUGAGUUUUUGAACGAGGCUUCUGUCAUGAAGGAGUUCAACUGUCACCAUGUGGUGCGGCUGCUGGGCGUGGUCUCUCAGGGACAGCCAACCUUGGUGAUUAUGGAGCUGAUGACCCGCGGAGAUCUCAAGAGCCACCUGCGCUCUCUGCGCAAAGAAAACUCCACCAGCCAGGUCCUACCCCCACUCAAAAAGAUGAUCCAGAUGGCAGGGGAGAUCGCCGACGGUAUGGCGUACCUAAAUGCCAACAAAUUUGUCCACAGAGAUCUGGCUGCCAGGAACUGCAUGGUAGCGGAGGACUUCACUGUGAAGAUUGGAGAUUUUGGCAUGACCAGAGAUAUUUAUGAGACGGAUUACUACCGAAAAGGAGGGAAGGGCCUGCUGCCUGUCCGCUGGAUGUCUCCCGAGUCACUGAAAGAUGGCGUGUUCACUACAAUGUCUGAUGUCUGGUCAUUUGGCGUCGUAUUGUGGGAGAUCGCCACUUUAGCGGAACAGCCUUACCAGGGCAUGUCCAAUGAACAAGUGCUGCGCUUUGUCAUGGAGGGAGGACUCUUGGACAAACCUGACAACUGUCCUGACAUGCUGUUCGAGCUGAUGAGGAUGUGCUGGCAGUACAACCCAAAGAUGCGCCCGGCCUUCCUGGAGAUCAUCAGCAGCAUCAAAGACGAACUGGAUCCUCCCUUCAGGGAAAUGAGCUUCUUCUACAGCGAGGAGAACAAGCCGCCGGACACCGAGGAGCUGGACAUGGAGGUAGAAAACAUGGAGAACAUUCCACUGGACCCUGCAUCCACAAGGCAGCCGUCUGCUGCUAUUGUUGUUUCCUCGUCUGGGUGCACAGGAGGAACGCCGCCUCCUUCUGCCCAGCAGUUAUCCCCCAUGCAAGGUCCGAGUACUCCAUUACUGGGGCCCGUGUCUCACUCCCCCCCGGGCCCAGUUGCCUCAGCCUUGUCGUCUCCAGGACAAGCCUUGGACAAGCACUCAGGACAUGUUUCGGCCAACGGGCCUGUGGUGGUGCUGCGGCCCAACUUUGAUGAGAUGCAACCCUAUGCACACAUGAAUGGGGGCAGAAAGAACGAACGGGCGUUACCACUGCCCCAGUCGUCGGCCUGCUGAUAUCAGACCAGCCCCUCCUCUUCCUUUUACACAGGGUAACACAAACCUCUCCUCUAUCUCUUAAGGAGGGAUGGAUGAGGUAAGGAUUUACUUUCUUCUACUGUGUGCCAGUAGAUGGUCUCUCCACUCCUUUAAAGUCAAACACAAACUCUAAAAAAAACUGAGAAACAGCACAGAAACCUGCUAAAGCAUUUGGAGUUUGGUGGCUAAGACUCAACACUGGGGAACUCCUUCCUGCGCAGCCUGUAUUUCAAGUCUUUGUUACAUACACGUCCUUCAAGAAGGAAUACAAUACAGGCAUGUAUCCUGACUUACAGAUUUACACAUGAACUUAAAGAAAAUCCUUUUUUUAGCAUAUCUGCCAGCAAAACCAAUAGAAGAGCACUUUUUUCCUGAUGAUUUCAGAGAGGAUGUGAUGGAUAUUUGAGUGUGUAUUUAUACAAACACAUGAUUCUCUCCAUAAUAUGGUAUAGCUUCAUUUCUAAAAUGACUUUCCAUCAAAAUGACCUUCUUUCCGUGAGCAGACUGGCUCAUGUUGUGUGAGGAUGCCUCAAUUAGAACGUUUGGACUACGAUCAUUACUUCACUACACCGUUGGUAUUUCUGUGGGAUCCCAUCAGGAAUGGGUCAAAGUGGUAGAGGAGGGCCUAUUUUGUAUCUGCCAAAAUUUUGCCAAAUCAAUCUUUUUCUUCAGUUUCAUACAGGUGUCCCUUCUUAAAGGAGGCUGUGAUUCAGAGUUGAGAUCAGUCCGUCUGGGCCAAACUGUUUGGUGGUUUCCAGACUGCAUGCUGAUCUGUAGUACUAACUGCUCUCGGAGCAGCUGUGAGUGUUGGAGGGGUUAUAAACAAGGCAGAACACAGGGACUGCAGAUGUGCUGCCUUCACAUCUGCAGUUUUAUAUGCAGUGUCUGCACUGGAGUUGAAUAAAUCUAGCAAACCUUGAAGAGAAACAACACAAGACUGCUUUUAAGUGGAUUGCGUACAGAGAAGCCAGCAGAAAAGCAGGACUGAGUAAGUUUUAUUCAGGUUUUGAAACGUGAUCAAAGGAGUCUGUGAUCAAAUUUAAAGUCAAUGUUUUUUCAAUUAACCGACACAAUACCAGUUGAAUUCUGAAGAUAUUUAUAAAAACCAACAUUUGGGAAAUAAUAAGCGACCACUGGAUGGAGGAUAUAAUAAAGAAAUGACAACAAGAUUCUAAAAUCCAGAACUUUUUUCACCUGGUGUUGCAUUUAUAGAUAAUUUGCAUUUCAUUGAUUAAUUGGUUCAAUCAUUUAUAAAAGUAGAACAACCCAGAGUUCUUUGGUUUCAGCUCAGAUCUGAGGAUUUGCUGGACAAUGUCACUUUGGGCAUUCUUCACUAUUUUGUGACCCACUUGCAUCCCAAACAACAAAAAAAAAGGCAAGUUAAUUAAAAAUGACAACAAUCAGUCACUGCUUCUCUGGAGUUUCGAAUGAUUACACCUGAAAAGACAGCGUGCCGUUACUGGUGACGGUCCUCUCAAACACACAAGUUUUACCAACAACAGUCAUUCAGAUCCGAGCCUAAAUAACUUCCCCCUUCAUCAUUACCAUCUUUCAAACAUCUGAGGGAAGUGCACAUGUGACCUGAGUCAGCAAACUCUGAAUCACAGCCUCGCUCUGUCUUUGUUUAAAAAAAAAAUUAGAAUAAAAAAUAAACAAAUCAAAGCAUCAGAAGUCUCACACUACAAAUCACUGAACUUUACAAUCUGGGGUUACGACUCUGCCUCCACUUUGAUUUCUUCAAACCUUUUCUCUGACAUUUUUGCAUUUCACGUGGGAGGUGAACGCCGUUCGCCGAUACUGCUGUUCAAACUAAACGGCACCAAAUGCUCCACAACAAAACCUGAGACGUAAAAGCGAGAAGCUGUUGGAUCAGAUUUUCGUAGCCUAGAGACAACUUUGAAGUCACAGGAGGUCUCUUUUAGAAUAGUCAUUAGUUUCUCUACAUUUCAAACACAUAUAAAGGUCUUACAGUUGUAUUUUUGACUGCAGGAUCGUUUUUAUACACAUCAUUGGUUUUGUCACUUUUUUAAAAAAGAAAAAAACCUUUUUACGGUUCAAAAUGUUUGCCUCUAUGUCUGUACAGAACAAAGCUGCUAUUUUAUUCUUUUUCUCUUUUUGGAUGUUAUAUAUAAAGAAAUCCUUCAGGUUUGGUAUUUUACGGUCUCCACUACAGUCCAUUUCUAAUCUCUUCGAACUCUGUUUAAAAAAAUAAAACAACAAAAACUUACCCCAAAAGGUUUUCUGUAACACUA